AUGGCCAAACGAAGCAAAUAUGAUGCUUACUUUCAAAGAAUUGAAGAAUCGGCACACUGCCGAUUGUGUACCGUAAAAGUUCCAUGGACGAGAAACGGAGGGACCAAUUGUCUUCGACUUCAUUUGGCAACUCGACACCCUCAGGAAAUGGAACAGUUCAAUCAAAUACAAACUAAACAAGCCAGAAGUUCCAAUGAGAGUGGUAUUUCACAAGACGAUUCGGCACUAUUUGGACAUGAAGUUUGGGAAACUAGUGACUCUCCGGGAGGAAAUCAAAUUAUUCAGCCACUGCCAAGAAUCGAAAUAAGUGAAAACGAUAUAUCAGUUAUUGCUAUGAUUUGUGAGGAUCGGCUUCCUGUGACAAUUUUGGAUGGACCUGGAUUCCGAAAGUUUUUGGAGAAAUCGAGGCCAGACGUCCAGCUAAAACACGUAUCGUACUACACUCAAAACGUACUACCAAUACUAUGUGACAAUUUGGAAGAGAAGGUUCGAAGGGAUUUAACCUUUGCAACCAACGUGUCACUUGUCUUCGACACAUACAAAUCGGAUUCUGAUCGAGCUGAACACGUUUCUCUUUCAGCAUACUGGAUGAACAUUCAAACAAUGGAACCACGACAUGCACUGCUUUUCUAUAAAACUAUGCCGGAGUCUUCUGAAAUCAGUUCACUUUUUAUUCAUUCGAAGCUUGCGAAAUAUGAAGUCCAUCAGAAAACAAUUGGUUACAUCAGUGAAAGUCCGAGUAUUUCGAAUAUCGAUUGGCUCGAAAAUAUUUCGAUGAAAUUGCCGGACUUUGAGGCAAUUUUAGACGAGAUCUCCCGUUCAAUCUACUCUAGCUGUCCCGACCUUCUUCGGAAAGUUGCUCAUACUGUGAUUGACUUCCAGAAAAUGCAGAAGGAUCAAGAAACGACUGCUUCAAAAAUUCAGAUUCUAGAAACCGCACUACCAAAUGUCGUUUUGGAAAGGCCUGAUUCUCUUUCACGGAGGGGACAUCAAGAAAUUCUGAGAAUAGCCUUGAACAUUUCUGCAAUAAGAAAUACUAUAAAUUCUUCUGGAAAUGAAGAUCAGAGAUAUACUAAGCUAACCGAAGAAGAAAUAAAAGUAACGAGUUUCAUCUUCAGUAUACUUGAACAAAUUCAAGAGGCUCAUAAUCAAAUCCGUCAUCGUUACUAUCAAACCGCUUCAGUUAUCAUUCCAUCAUUGAGAGUGUUGCUUCACAAACUGACAGAUGUUGUUAAGAACGACCCAUCAUCCCCCGAACAGUCGAUAGGACGUAAUGUGCUGAAUAAGUUGGAAACUGCUGCGAACGUCUCUCAGAAAAAUAUGGUUCUUAAAACUGCAACGUUUCUGGAUCCUCGUUUCAAGGACGCGUUUUUCUUUGAAUGUCAUAAGAGUUACAUGAUUCACAACUUCAAAGAUCGAUGCGGUAAAGUGAUCAAGGAAGAAGUGUUGGUUGCUCCGAAAAAUGAAGAAAAGAACCGGCAAAUGUCAGUUUUCGAUAGUUUCAUUCAAGAGAAGAGCAACGGAUCGUCUUCCGAACCAAAAACUGAACUAGAAACAGAAAUCGAAAAUUAUCUCAAAGAAGAAACCACCUCACAAACAGAUCCAACUGAUUUCUGGCUGCAGAAUCAAUGCAAAUUUCCAAUCCUGAAGUCUCUAGCAACACAAUACUUGGCGAUUCCAGCAUCUGCUUCUGGGGCUAAAAAGUUAUAUGAAGACGGAGAGAAAAUGAUCCCGACGGGUUUUAGUGACAAUUCACGGGAUAGUUUUGUUUUUUGUUCAGCCAACAUUGAUGUAUAUGGAUAUUGA